UGAGCUAUGAUAUCCUAUUUACCAAAUUUAAGGAACUGUUUCCAGAAGGAACAAGAGAAAAAAUGAAAAAGAAAAUAAAUAAUAUAAGAACAUCUUUUGGACGUGAAAUGAAGAAGGUUGAGGACUCUAAACGUACAGGAUCCGGUGCUGAUGCCAUUUACGAGCCUUCACUUUGGUACUAUGACCUAUUACUAUUUACAGCAGAAAGUGAAAUAGGUAGAAAGGGAAUAUCAAACGCCCAGGAAACGGACAUGGGCAGUAACGAUGAGAGGAAAUAUCUAUGAAGAAACUGAAGAGGCUUUAAUGUCACCCACUACACCUGCCAGUACCUAAGAAACUAC